CGGAGUGGGUGUUUCCGGCGGAGCGGCUCUGAAGCCGCAAUGGCGUCGGUGUUUGUAGAGCUGAGCUCAGGCUCCUGCCCGCAAUCCGCAUCCAUCGGCCCGAGGACUGGCCAGACACGGCUCCUGGGCUGCUAACCCUAGUGCAGAAUAUCCUAUAUACACGCUGAUAGACUCAUUUGCCGAGAACCACAGCGAUAUUAUUGAUAAAAACUUAAAUACCAGAUACAAGUUUUUUUGACGUUCGCUAAUCCAAUUUGCCGGACUCGAACUCAACUUAGAACGAAAUAAAAUAAGUUUUUAAUGUUUGGGAAAGGCACCUAUCCUGUAACAAAUUCUUCAGGAGCCAAAACAUUGACAGGAAAAUUGCAAAUGCCAGAAAGUAGUUCCUGUAAAGUAAAGUUGACAGAGACAGAGUAAAGGUUAUGGAAGAUAAGGAACCUUUGGGGUGAAUGUUGAGCCAGAGGAGCAGGGCUGCCACCAGCACACCUCACCGUUAAUUUUCUUGCUUUUGUUUUGUGGGAUGCCAGGCUCGGAGAGAGCCGGGACCAAGGCGGAUGGAGGCAGUGGCCUGUGCUCCCUGCAGCCCGGCCCCAGCAGCAGCAGAGAGAGGCGCAAAGCAGCGUCCAGGCACAAGCGGCACCGAGCCAAGCACAGCCGAGACUCGCCGGGGGUGGCCACACAGCCACCGCUCACCAAGGUGAAGUCUCUGGUGGAGUACGACGACAUCAGUUCGGACUCUGAUACUUUCUCCGAGGUCACCAUCCGCUCUGACCGCAGGGACAAGGAAGAACGGACAAGUUCGGAUAAAGCAGUAAAAGUUCACAAGCAUCACCAUCACCAUCUACACAAACGGGUUAAGGAACACCACAAGUCGAAGGAGACAGAGAGGGUUAAGGAGCGGGGCAGGAAGCUGGAAUCUGGCAAGCCCAGUGGCAGCAGAGAGAGGACUUCAUCUAAAAGGCAGAUGGUUGAGGAUGAAGAGAGUGGGAAGAAGGGGCGAGCAUCACCACUCAUCAAGCACAGCAGCAAGGAGGCAAGGUCUGCCAAAUCGUCCAAAGAGAGGGUGAGGCGUGAGAAAGAGCAGCGGUCAGCACACAAGGAGCGACUAAAGAGCCAGAAGAAAAGCAAGGAAACGCCGCGGGGAUAUCGCUCGUCCUCCAGUCCGAAAAAGAAAGGUGGGAGCCCGAGACGCAGGCGUUCCAGCAGCCCACACCGAGAGGACAGCCCGUUUGGCAGCCACAGCAAGGGCUACGAGGGCAGCCCGGGCUACAGGCCGCGGACUUUGAGUAAUUACGACGGGCAUCGCCGGAGCCCCGCUGACUCUGUGCGGAAACAGUCUGCCAGCCCUACCUACUAUGGUUCCCGGGAGCCUGCAGCCUACCAUGCCGCCUACACCGCACGUUCGCCCAGUCCCUAUGGCCGCAGGCAGCGAUCGUCCAGCUACGACAGGCACAGCAGCUCGUACGAGUACAGUGGGCGUUCGCCCAGCCCCUACGGCAGGAGACGCUCCGUCAGCCCCUACAGUCGCCGCUCCUUCAGCCAGAGCCCCAGCAACAGAAGAUCAGGCAAGUCUAGGAGCAGGAGCCCGCUGUACACACGCCACUCUCGUUCACACAGUAAACACCGGCAGUCGCGGUCACCAAGCUGCCACUCCAGCAUCUCGCCCAGCCGCUUCACCCUCAAGUCCAGCCUGGGCGCUGAGCUGAGCAAAACCAAGAGGGCGCGCGCGGCGGUGGCUGCCAAAACCGGCACCAAAGACUGCAGAGAGGCCAAGCUACCAUGCAGCAGCACGCCCACAACCGCCACACUGAAGGACGUCAAGAAAUUGACUAAAGUAAUAAAGCCUGAGGUGCCCCUGGCACCCACUGAGGUGUCAAACUCGGUGCCUGUAAAGACGGGCAGGGACACUGCGGAGGAGAUGAUUCCAGAGCUGAAGGUGAAGACGGAGCAGGAGGAUGAGGAGACGGCGCUCUCACCGCUGGUGCUGAUCGGCAAGGAGUCCCGGUCACCGGCACACAAACGCGACAAGAAUCUGCCCCCAUUACCAAACGAAAGCCUCCAGGAAAAGCCCCCGCUUCCUCCGUGUGGCUCUGCUCCACCAUUACCUCCUCCCUCCCCCCCCCUGACUCUCCCCCCUGUUCCUGUACAACUGCCUCCCCUGCCCCCCGUCACUUGCAGCCAACCACAACCUGUGGCCGAGGUGCCGCCGGAGCUGCCGCAACCACCGGUGGUCACGGUGCAGCUGCCGUUACCACCAGUGCUGCCGCCGUCACCUCCAGCAUCCGUCCCCACACCCGCACCUCCACCCAUGUCGACUCCUGUGCUGCCGGUGAUCCUCCCCACCAGCGGCACGUUGCUGCAGCCUGCACGGACAACAGCACUGACCAGCGGCCUCCCCAUGCCACCCACACUCAACUGUGUGCCGUCCUUACUGACGUCCACCCUCCCACCACUACCGCUGCCCCCACUGCUGCCUGGCGAGGACGAGAUGGAGAGCCCAAAGGAGAGUCCCGCUGUCAAACCCGUGAAGAAAGACAGAGACCAAAGAACACGGCAUUUACUGGCGGACCUGCCCCUCCCUCCAGAACUCCCGGGAACAGACCCCUCGCCACCAGCCUCCCCGGAGCAGAAGACCCCUCCCCAGCCUCAACCCGUGCUGAAAAAGAGGCCCAAAAUGUGCUGCCCUCGGUACGGAGAGAAGACGGAGACAGAGAGCGACUGGGGCAAGCGGUGUGUCGAUAAGUUUGACAUCAUUGGAAUCACUGGAGAGGGGACGUACGGGCAAGUUUACAAAGCAAAGGAUAAGGACACAGGUGAGAUGGUUGCUCUGAAAAAGGUUCGUCUCGAUAAUGAAAAAGAAGGCUUUCCCAUCACAGCCAUUCGAGAAAUCAAAAUCCUUCGGCAGCUGAACCACACCAGUGUGGUGAACAUGAAAGAGAUAGUGACCGACAAGCAGGAUGCACUCGACUUCAAAAAGGAUAAAGGGGCCUUCUACCUGGUCUUUGAGUACAUGGACCAUGACCUGAUGGGGCUUCUGGAGUCAGGGCUGGUGCACUUCACCGAGGACCACAUCAAAUCCUUCAUGAGGCAGCUGAUGGAUGGCCUCGAUUACUGUCACAAAAAGAACUUCCUGCACCGGGACAUCAAAUGUUCCAACAUCCUCCUCAACAACAGUGGGCAGAUUAAACUGGCAGAUUUUGGCUUGGCGCGAUUGUACAACUCUGAGGAAAGCCGCCCUUACACCAACAAAGUCAUCACGUUGUGGUAUCGACCGCCAGAACUGCUGCUGGGGGAGGAGCGAUACACGCCUGCCAUCGACGUUUGGAGCUGUGGCUGUAUCCUUGGGGAACUCUUCACUAAAAAGCCAAUCUUUCAGGCCAAUCAGGAGCUGGCACAACUGGAGCUGAUCAGUCGAUUGUGUGGCAGCCCUUGCCCAGCGGCCUGGCCUGACGUCAUUAAGUUGCCGUACUUCCACACGAUGAAACCGAAGAAGCAGUAUCGACGCCGCCUUCGAGAAGAAUUUGCAUUCAUUCCACUCCAUGCACUCGACUUACUUGACCAUAUGUUGACCCUGGACCCCAGUAAACGCUGCUCCGCCGAGCAGACCCUGCUGAGCGACUUCCUCAAGAACGUGGACCCCACUACGAUGCCUCCACCCGACCUUCCCCACUGGCAGGAUUGCCACGAGCUGUGGAGUAAGAAGCGGCGACGGCAGAAGCAGGCCGGCAUUGUGGAGGAGCCGCCAGUGCCCAAAGCCCCACGCAAGGACAACGCGCUGACCGCAGACGACAGCCGCAGCAACACGCCGCAGACAGCAGCACCGCAGACAGCAGCACCGCAGGGCAAGGCACAGAGCAGCCACACAGACGUGGGCAGUAAGUCAACCCGGCCUGGUGCCGGCCGGGAGUCUCUGUAUCUGGACAAGGGCCCGGUCCCUCUCAGCCGCUCCCACCCGGGCAACCACCCGGGGAACCACCCGGCCAACCACACUACACUGGUGCAGCUGCAGCUGGUGCCAUGA